UUUAGAUCUUCGCCGGCAGAGCAUCGAGCGUCAGUGUCACGCCGGUUGUAGAAAAGUAAACAUCUUAGUAAAAAUAAAAAUAAGUGUAGUGCUGUCAAUUGUUAUAUUGUUUCAAUAAUUAAAGUGUAAUUACAAUGGGAGUUACUGUGUUGCAACAAUUUCCGAUGAAGGAAAAUCAAACUGGCCCGCAGAUGAUUGAACAUUUGACGAAACACCUUGUUGGACUUGGAGCUGUGCAAGCUGGACAAUUUUUGGUAGAUUGCGAAACUUAUAUGACAGUUCCUCAAUUUGGACACCACAGAAUCAUUCACGUUCUCCAUAACUCAGAACAACCGGCGUCAGUAUUUGCAACCCUGGAGUCUAACAACAAAACAGUUUCUUUGAUAGCCGACGGGCUGUUUGAUCUGUUGAUGAUGAAACUGAGCAACAUCUACGAGGUGAAAAAGCACAUAAAGAUCGAAUCCAAGGGCCCCAGGUUCGAAGUCGGGGACUUUUGCGUGAAAUUGGGCAGCGUGACCAUGACCCAGAAUUUUAAGGGCAUCCUGGUUGAAGUCGAGUACAGACCCUGCGUUGUACCUGCGAUGGCUUGGGAUCUCAUUAAAGAAUUCUUGCAGGGCUACCUUGGGUGCACCAUCAGCAAUCAAGCGCCCCAAUUCUUGCAGUCGCGGAUGAAUGACAUUUAUCAGCCCACGGAUACCAUCGCCCAAUAUCUCGAGCAUUUUGGACAAUACCGUAAAGCUACUGGAGUCAUCUAACAACAUAAAGUCUUGCAAAUUUUGUACUUGGAAUUAAGAAUAAAAAUUUGAAUAUU